AUGUCUCCAUUGUCUCCUGCUCUGCCCAUCAUAGACCCAGCCCCUUAUCUCUCAACCUCUUCCGGCCCCGCUCAAGUCUCGGCCAAAGCUGCAACAGCCAAGGCUAUCCAUGAAGCAUGUCGCGAUAUAGGCUUCUUCUACAUUCGUGUCCCAGACGACUUUCUCUCGGAUCACGAAACGAAGGAGGUAUUGGAGCUGGGGCGCGAAUUCUUCCAUAGGCCGGAAGAGGAGAAGAUGCGGAUAAGGCUGGAAGAGAGUGAUAAUGUGCGGGGGUAUCAAAAGCUCCAUCAAAACGUGACACAGGGGAAGGCAGACCACCAUGAGGGUCUAGACCUUUACGCUCCGAGCCCUUAUCCCGCAACUUCAUCCAACAAUGGCUUGGCCCUCCGCCCCCUCGAAGGCCCGAACCAAUGGCCCACCAAUCCACCAUCCUUCAAGCCCAGAAUGGAGGAGUGGAUCGACAAGAUGAAAGUCCUUGGACUGGCCGUCAUGCACGCGAUGGCUGACGGGCUGGAUAUGGAUGAGGCCGAGUGGAAAGAGCUGGAGGGGUGUGUGGAUGAUAGCUUUUGGGUGAUGAGAGUCAUCGGAUACCCUCCACUUCCCCAGGGUAUGGAUGGAAUAUCGUGCGGCGAGCAUAAAGAUUACGGCUGCCUCACACUCCUCCACGCCGACCCCAUCCCUGACUCGCUCCAAGUUCUUUCCAAAUCUGGAGAAUGGAUCUCUGCCAAUCCUCUCCCGGGCUGCUUGGUAGUUAACAUCGGAGAAAUGUGGCAGAUCUGGACAGGUGGCCUUUAUCCUGCUACGCUGCAUCGGGUCGUCCACAAGUCCCCGACUUAUCGGGUGUCAGUGCCAUUCUUCUUUGAGCCCAACUUUGAUUGCAGAGUCAAAUUCCUGGAGGCCGCAAAGAUAAAGAUUGCAAAGGAAGGACGAGAGGCAGAGCCGGUGGAAGAAGUGGUGUAUGGGGACUUUUUGUUGGGCAAGGUCAGCGGCAACUUCAAGUAUUGA